AUGCCCUCGUAUUUUUAUCACAUCACGCUUGAGCUUCUGAACUCUUCAUCGAACAUUGCACACGACAUCUACCAUAGCACGUCCCAGUCGCGAUCAGACAAUUCCCUCGCCAACGAAGUUGUGCGCGAAGCUUUUUUACCUUUUCAGCGAUAUUCAAACAGUAAAAAGUCGACGCAUCGACACCGUUCUGCUGGGUCAUUGGGUGGGAAUAAUAAUACCAGCUCUGUCGGUGGUGGUGGUGGUUCUGCUGGCCAUCAGCAACAACCGUUGGACGACGGCAAAUACAGCUCCGCGAGCUUGAUUGGGAAAUUAUCUUCCUUACCGUUACAAGAACGAAAUCCUCCAACAGGUUUAUCCAUUCAGUCAGAUCUCAGAUUCACUCCGAUAUCCAUCCAAGGUGUCGACAUGGUCGCUCCCGCGCACAACCGCCACCAUCAGCACCAACGCAAACAGUCCAACGAAACAAGAGGCGGUCGGGAUGAAAUUACAACCGGCAUCGGAACAGAUAUCCUAGGUGGACUUCAUACGCGCGGCAAAUACAUACCUGUCGAUCAAACGUUGGCCGAUAGCGUAUACGGCAUUGUACAUCUUUACAGAGAUGCAAAGGAAACGCCGUCUUUGAUUGUUGAUGACCAUCCUCUGUAUCUGAAAGGGUCGUCUGCUGCUGCGCGACGACCACCGAACGAUUCCGCGACAAGCAGCGGUAUCGUAAGUCAAAACUUCCUAGGAGGCAAUCACGGCAGCAGCCGGAGCCGCGGUCUCAAUGACCACGACUCUGCUGACUAUUACUCCUCAUCUUCCUUACAGACGCAUUCGCCGAAUGACGAUGAUUGCUCAAUAUUAUGCAUCCUUGCCGUCCCGUCGUACCUUUCACCUUCAGAUUUUCUCGGUUUUGUGGGUGAAGAUACCAGAGAUGAAGUCAGUCAUUUCCGGAUGAUAAAGACUGCAAGAGCCAAUCGAUAUAUGGUUCUGAUGAAGUUUCGGAAUGGGAAGAAGGCUCGUGAAUGGCAGAGAGAGUGGAAUGGGAAGGUGUUCAAUAGCAUGGAGCCUGAAACGUGUCAUGUAGUGUUUGUAAAGUCAGUUGAGAUAGAAGCUGCCAGGCCCCGCGAGAUGAGUGAUGCAUCUAAUCAGUCUUCUGCAUUGAUAUCGAAUUCUACGCGGUCACUUGGAGCUGCAAAUAAUUCGUCACCCGGUCUUUCGUCUGCGUCACUAUCUGCAAAACCAUUGGCCCCCCCGACCCCUUCUCUGGUCGAAUUACCCACUUGCCCGGUCUGUCUUGAGCGCAUGGAUGAGACAACCGGUUUAUUGACUAUCAUAUGUCAACAUGUCUUCCAUUGCACAUGUCUCCAGAAAUGGAAAGGGAGCGGAUGCCCCGUGUGCAGAUAUACACUCGACGACUUUGCGCGACGGAGUCAAGUCGGAUUUCUCGAUGAAGGCGGCUCAGCCGAAUGUAGCGUCUGCCAUUCGGAACUCAAUCUCUGGAUCUGUCUUAUCUGCGGCAGCAUUGGCUGCGGGCGAUACGACGAGGCACACGCCUUUGCCCAUUUCAAGGAGACGUCACAUGCAUUCGCUAUGGAUCUAUCAACGCAGCGGGUAUGGGACUACGUAAGCGAUGCAUACGUUCAUCGUAUCAUACAAAGCAAAACAGACGGGAAACUAGUCGAAUUACCUGCAGCAGACAACUCCGCACUCGAUCCACCGGACUGGACGGACGCAGUGCCCCGCGAAAAACUCGAGAAUAUGAGUGUUGAAUACACCCACUUACUCACCAGUCAACUUGAAUCUCAACGAGCCUAUUUCGAAGAGAUUGUCGAACGAGCAGCUGAUAAAGCCUCAAAGGCAAGCGCCAGCGCAACAGCGGCCCUCGAAGCCGCCGAAAGAGCAACUCUCCAACUCCAAGAAUUACAACAACGCUAUGACGUCUUAGCCAAGGAAAACGUUCCCGGUCUAGAGAAAGAGAAAGAUCGCGCCGUGCGCCGUGCCGAGAAAUUCGAGAAUAUGGCCCGUAAACUUGAGAAGGAAUGGCGAGAGGAGAAAGCCAUGAAUGAGAACUUGGUCAAACGCGUGGAAUUGUUAAGCGAAGAAGUCGCCAAGCUCAAAGUUGAGAAUGCAGAUUUGGCGGAACAGAAUCGUGAUUUGACGUUUUUUAUCAGUGGGUCGGAGAGGUUGAAGGAACAUGGUGGUGGGGAUGAGGAUGUUGUUGAGGGGACGAUUAGUAUUCCGGAGGGUUCUUCAAAGAAGAAAGGGAAGGGGAGGAGGAGGUAGUCUACGUUCAAUGAUGAUGCAUUCACGGAGUUGUUGUUUUUGCAUGGCUAUGAUACCAGAUUUGCUA